GGUCCUCGAAAAAUAAAUUGGCACUAAAUUGGAAAGAUGUAUAAAUUUCUGGCUGCUUGCUAUGCGUUGACGACGGUUUUUUUUUUGCCUAAUGAAUCGAAAAAUAUCGAAGGGAAUUUAAACGUGUCCCCUGAACUGGACGAAAACAGAUACAUCUCCUUGGACAAAAAUAACAUAAACGAUUUCAUAAAGGUGAAGGAAAACAAUUUUCUGUUCAGCGUUACCUGCAGGACGUCCACAUUUUUGAGCGGCGUGAAGAAUUACGUUCUACGUAAGGUAUAUUCCUCUCUGGACCUGCUGGAAGCGCUCCGGUCGGACCACGUGAACCCCGAAAAUGUAGAGGCCCUCGAAGGAGUCGUGGAAAGGACGUGGGACCGAGAAAACAAGGAGUUCAUAGAAACGACAAAGAAGCUAAUCGAGCAGUACACAGACAGCGACUUGUUCAUACUACAAAUAGGACUGAACAGCAUCGCAUCAGCAAUCAUCGACAAACCGAAAAAUGUAAUUUUUGUAGAGGAAGAUGUAGAAGUAUGUAAAAAUUAUUUCAUUCACAAAAAUAAUAGGUGUCUCUUACUGUUGAAGGGAGUGGAGUUCUACUGCAACAAAGAUGAUGAGGGGGAUGAGGAGAAGUACAUACACAGCACUCUCGACUUAAUCACAAAAAUUUACCAAAACAGAAACAACCAAGUGAUAGAUGUGCUCAUCGUAAGUCACAAGUAUCCAGUAUCCUUGCUAUAUUAUGUGUAUCCCUACAUGGAUUCCUCCACAUUGGUUAUCCUAAUGGAUAAUUUAAACCACCAUAUGAAGGAGGCCAUUUUUGAGUACUACAAUUUUAUAGGCGAAGCAGAUUUCUCCAGAAGUUUUGAGAAGCGCUUUUUUAACUC